GUAAACAUUAUUACCUCCUCGCCAAUUUAUCGGCUGGUAGUAGUCAAGACUUUUGUGUGAUCAUGUCGUACAGUGCUAAAAUCGGCCCGUCCAUCCUGAGCAGCGACCUGUCAUGUCUGGGCAGCGAGUGUGUGCGGAUGAUGGAGUGUGGAGCAGACUAUUUGCACCUCGACGUCAUGGACGGCCAUUUUGUCCCCAAUAUCACGUUUGGCCACCCCAUGGUGGAAUGCUUGCGAAAGUCAGUGGGCAAAGACCCUUUCUUUGACAUGCACAUGAUGGUGUCGAGGCCCGAGCAGUGGGUGAAGCCCAUGGCUGCAGCCGGAGCGAACCAGUACACGUUCCACCUGGAGGCCACCAGCAACCCUGGGAACCUCAUCAAAGAGAUCCGCGAGAGUGGCAUGAAGGUGGGAGUGGCCAUAAAGCCCGGUACUACAGUUGAAAUGCUGGCCCCAUGGGCCAACCAGAUUGACAUGGCUCUGGUCAUGACUGUUGAACCUGGCUUCGGAGGACAGAAGUUCAUGGAGGACAUGAUGCCUAAGGUGAGCUCGCUGAGGCGACAGUUCCCUUCGUUGGACAUCGAGGUAGAUGGCGGCGUGGGCCCUGACUCCAUUUACAAGUGUGCUGAGGCUGGCGCUAACAUGAUCGUUUCGGGCAGCGCCGUGAUUGGCAGCGACGACCCUCGCUCCGUCAUCGCCCUCCUACGUACCGUCGUGGUAGAGGCUAUCCAAAAACGCUCGCUGGACCGUUGAGAUGACCUUUUGAUGACCUUUGGUGGAUGUGGCAGGUGAGCCCGGACCGGAAGGACCGUCACAAUUUUGUGAAAGAAUCCGGACUGUUAAACAUUCCUGAACAGUUUUAUUCCUACUUGGAAGGGAAUUGAUCCAAAAAGCUUUUUCUAUAUACUGUGUAUAUACACACUUUUCUGGCAAACAUCUGUGGGAGUUGAUUUUGUUUAUUAAAAAGCCUUCAGUCAUU